AUGAUCCGAAUGAAAGAGGAGGAGAGUAGGCAUCACGCCAAUUCGAGUACAGACCAGGCGUGUGAUCUGUGUAGAAUCAAGAAGCUGAAAUGCUCUAAGGACAAACCUGCGUGCAGGAAAUGUGCGAAGAACGGUUGGAACUGUACUUAUUCGCCGAAGGCGAAAAGGUCUCCGCUGACGAGAGCACAUUUAACAGAAGUGGAGAACGAGCUGGCAUAUUUCCAGAGUCUCUUCAACACACUGUACCCGAACCAACAACUCAACGAUGUCAUGGAACGGUUGGGUACCGGUAUGUCCGAUGCUCCGUCGGCGGCCUCGCUUGAUACAACCCGCGGUGCGUCGUCUAGUCCCGUGACGCGGACAGGCAAGGAUGGCAGCAAUGUUCUCUUCACCCAGGAGGUGGAUGGUACUUGUAUCCCUGCAGAUAUACUGAAUGGGUUCAACUGGAGUGAGUUGUCCAUGGCAUCGGAUGCGGUGAACUCCAACACUUUUGUCAAUUUUCUGGACGGCGUAAACUGUGGGGUCUAUGGCCCCGCAUCGAAGGUCUCACAAAUGAGGUCGAUCAAGUCUAACAUCCACGGGUUUAUGACUGUAAACUCGAUAAAACAAUUAGUCAACGAUUCAAGCGAUAACGUCACAGAGGGUGGGCUAGACCGGACUAACUUUAUCGCAGGCGAGGGAUCGCAGCAACAUAACGUGGUGUUGGAUAAGGUCUUCUUAACAAAGAAAUCAACGACCAAACGAUACGUGCAGUACUACUUCGAAAAAUUUCAUCCAUUCCACCCGAUAAUAAAUGAAAGGGAAUUCAUGGCCCACUUCAAAAGUAGGGACACGUUGAUGGUGCCCGAUGAUAUCAAGGACUGGGCCUCUACAAAGAAAACACUUUCGACGGAUAAUAUCGAGUGGCAGUUCCUACUAAGUAUUGUGCUGGCUCUCGGAUCGUGGUGCAAUGAUGGUGAGUCCACUGAUAUUGAUCGGUAUUACUACAAGAGUGCCGCAUUUUAUUUGAAUGAUGCAAACAUGCUCCUGUUUACAAGCUCUGUCAACCUGAUAGUGACUUUGAACUUAUUUUCCUUGUAUCUUACAAUUAAAAACACAUUCUGGAAUAACUUAAACUCCGCAUACCAGAUAAACGGUCUGGCUAUUAGGAUGGCAGUUUCACUGGGUCUGAAUAUAAAGGACAUACCGACGUCCACCGAGAACGUAACUAUGCUAAAACAGAGGAAACUGUUAUGGUACGCACUAGUGAAUCAAGAUAUACUCUUGAACAUGCAUUUCGAUAGAUCUAAUUUGUUCAAUUCGCUAAACUAUAUUCCAAUCGAUGAGUUACAGAUUUUUCUGAAUGCCAACGAACACAAGGAGUUCAUCUCUAUCACCGAUAUGAACCAGUGGCUACUGUUGAAACUUAGAACAGUGAACACAUGCGAUUACAGCACGUUGCUUUCAACAGUUAAUUUUCUUGAUAAAGUUGGCGAUAAAAUUACACAUCCAGUCAAAGAUAUGUUGCAACUUCACAUCAACAAUUUCACGAUCAGGAAGUUUGUCUCCGUAAACGAUCAAUUGUCUGAGACUAAUGUUUUGGAGAAAGUGUUAGAAUUACAUUUAAGAUCAGUCAGGAGAUUAUUUUUAUGCAUAGAUUCACAACUACAAACAGGGAAAAACAGAACGUCGCCUUUUGUAGCGUGGUGUUUUGUUUCUCAGCUGUUCGAUUUCUCAGCGACAAUUCUGAAAUACUUGUUCGACACAAGGUUUCCCCUUGUUAAUACUAAUUAUAGUACGUCCAACGAAUUAAUGAUGCACCUGAAGUCAAUUGUUAAGUACCUCCAAGUUUUCAAAGAUUUGCACCUUUUACAAAAUUCCGCCAUUGACUUUUAUUUGAAUUUGUUGAAUAAUGUAUUGUCCACUACCUUCUCAGGUAACGACAAUAUCAAUGUACUGAGAAACCCAUCAACAGCGGAUGACAUGCCCAUUUCCGCUAAUAACACUAAUAAUAUUCUGAGCAAUAAUGACCAGUCCUAUAUGAAAACUGCCAAUAACGGCAAUAACAGAUUAGCAACGAUCACCGAAUCCUCUAACCUGGGGGCAAAUGCUUCUUAUAAACCUACGAAGAGCUAUACAAAUCUGAUAAACUUAUUGUCGAACAAAUUGACGACUUCACCAAGUGUAUCAUUCUUCCCAACUUCGUCCAAUCCACCAUCCAAUCCUACCACCCCACAAAUACUUGGUCUGCAAGACCAGCCUGGGUGGAGACCCAUGAACAACGAAAACAACCCUGCAACCGAGAACAACCCAACUUUCACAGGAGGGACAAACUCGCAAACGUCAAUGUUCCCCUCGAUGUCAAUGGAAAACCCGCUGACACUCAUGAACAACCCAUUGCCAGGCAACCCCGGAAUAAACAGUAAUUUGAACUGGAACGACAAUUCAGCAUUCAGCACGGUGGGGUUCACCAAUGGAUUGUUUAACACUACUACCAUGGACGAUGUGUACAAUUACUUAUUCGACGACAACACAACGGUGCAGAACAUGCCAAGUAGCAAUAUUGUUUCCGAUGUAACGGCCUCUGAGAGGACAGAGGAUAAACCGUUCAUGUUUCGUCAACCGUCCACAAAUUCCACGGGUGAUUGA